AUGGCCCAAGACCCCUACACCCCACCACCCCUCCCGAAACCCUUCACAAACACUACCCCACCACCGACGCUCCUCACGCAAGGCGCCGAGGCGCACCUCUACAAAACAAUCCACCUAGACACCAACACGCCCGCGGCGCUGAAAAUCCGGCCCUCGAAACCCUACCGCCACCCCAUCCUCGACCGCCGAUUGACCCGCCAGCGCAUCCUCCAGGAAGCGCGGUGUCUGGUGAAGCUCGUUCGGGAGGGGGUCAACGUCCCCGCUGUGCUGGCUUUGGACUGGGAGGGACAGGGUAAGGAGAAUGGGAAUGGAGGCGCGUGGUUGCUUAUGGAGUGGAUUGAGGGGUUGGUUGUGCGGGUUGUUGUUGAGCGGUGGGAGGCGUUUAUGAAGGCGUCUGGGGGUUUGUUGAGUGAAGAGGAGUUGCGGAGGGAGGAGGAGAAGAUUCGGGGGUUGAUGAGAGGGAUUGGGAGUGUUGUUGGGGGGUUGCAUAAGGCUGGGGUUAUUCAUGGGGAUUUGACGACGAGUAACUUGAUUCUCAGGACGGAGAAUGUCGAUGCUGUGGCUGGGGAGAGUCCCGCCAUGCAGGGCGAUGUGGUUUUGAUUGAUUUUGGGCUGGCCGGGCAGAGUUCCUCCGAGGAGGAUCGCGCGGUCGAUUUGUACGUUCUUGAGAGGGCUUUUGGGAGCACGCAUCCUCGGGCAGAGAAGUUCUUUGAGGAGGUGCUCGAGGGGUAUAAGGAUAGUUAUAAGGGGGCUGUGGUUACGUUGAAGAAGUUGCAGGAUGUUAGGAUGAGGGGCCGCAAGAGGAGCAUGAUUGGGUGA